ACACAAGAAAUGAGUAGUGUUUAGAGGGUUAUAGCUUCGACUGUCUUCUCUCAAAGUCUGAUCGAUCCGAUCAAUUUCAGAAUGUCCAACCCUGCGGAAUCUCUGCUUCCAGAGUCAAAAGUAGACCUCUUAGACGAAGCAAGCAAUUCUCAUACACUAUCCCAGCCCGAAACCGUAGAAGAAGAAGCACCAGGUGGAGACAUGGCGCCGUCAGCUUCACCAGGUAACCUUAACAGGCGCGCCUCCAAGCGCAAGAGUGGUAAGAAUGCCAAGAAACAACAGGCUAUAGAUAAGAAAUUGAAUACCCUUAAGAGCAGUUUGAACCCUAUUCCCUUUAGGCCUCACAAUAAUUUUGAUUUUAACUCGCAUGAGAAGCUGCUGAAGCAGCUAGGGCUGUGGGAAUUUGCUCACAUACAGCUUGAUCAAAAUAUCAGGUCUGAUCUGAUCGCUGAGUUGAUCGCGUCUUAUGACCCGAAACUUAGGUGCAGCUAUGUGAAUGACUUCAGAAUCCAAGUCAAUAGAGCUGAUUUAGGGCGGGCCCUUAAGUUACUCAUCAACAAGGGAAAGGCCUUGCAAAAAGCCGUUGAGGGUGAGGAUCUUGAUGGGGCGUCGUUAUCCGAUGAGUCCAUUAGAUUUAUUGAGGAUUUUGUGUCAAAUUUUGUGCUUUUGCAUGAAGACGCGUGGAUAAUGCCUCGUGAAGUGAUCGGUUGGACAAAACUGAUAAAGGAGAAACGCCCGGAGAAGGUUGACUGGGCUGGGUUGCUCUGGUUCAUGGUGGAUAAGGAGUUAUCACGCGGGGAGCUGUUAGGUGACUGUUACUAUGCUUCCCAUUUGCAGUGCUUAAUCAAGUCACAACGUGAAGAGCUAUUUUCCAGGGAGGAGCCUGAUACAGUUCAAUCAGAAGAGGAGUUCUUGAAUGAAGAGACAGAAAAGACACUGCAUGUUGAAGAAAUGGUCUCUAUGGAUGAGGCUGAAAAUGUGGAAGAAGACAAGAAAGAGGAGGGGGAGAGCGAUGUUAAAGAGGGUCAAGAAGAAAUGACAGUGUUCAAAGAGCCAAAUGUCGAGCUCACAUUAGGCCAGGAUAUCAAAGAAGACGUUGAGAUGGUAAAUCCUGAAGGGCACGUUGAAAAAGAAGAAGAACAAGAAGAACAUGAAGAAGAAGAAGAAGAAAAUGAUUAUGAUGAAGAAGAGGAGGAAGAAGAGGAAGAAAAGGAGGGGGAGGAGGAGGAACAUCGGUUCUUUUUGCAGCAGUGUGGCAGGAAAGAGUUAUGCAAAGAAGAGAUUUUGGAAGAAGAAGAAGAAGAAGAGGAAGAGGGAGACGAUGAUGGUUUUGGUGUUAUGCAGAAUGUUGAUACCAUUGAUGGGGAUUUACUUCAGCACACAGAUACCACAUUCCUCUCUGGUGGGAAUUUUCUCCCUGGUCAAUCCUCGCUUGACUUUUUUUAUCAUGGCAGUAAAAGGGGAAUUGAAGAUGAUGAUGAUGAUGAAGAUGAUGACCCAUACAUGGCUACUCAUUCUCUUAGGGGGAAUAAGAGACCAAGGGUUGAAAAGGGAGAAGAAGAAGCAAGGCCAUCAGAUGACAAUCAAGAAAGUCUUGGGACAAUCAUUGAUCGAAUAGAACACUUGAUCACCAAAGCUAAGCUUGGGAAUGAACUGAAUGAACGAUCCGUGCAUGAGUAUAGCAUGCAGAAUCAAUAUCUGCUUGGGGAGGUGCAUAAGCGUGACAAUGCGAUCGAACACAUCAGCAAGACAAAGUCUGAGGAGAUCCAAAAGAGAGAAGAGAAGAUUUAUCAGCUGGAGAGGGAGCUUUCCAUGAUGGGUAAUAUUCUAGAUGGUUAUAGGAAGGCAUUGAAGAAUACCCGCAAGGAGUUUGCUGAGUAUAGGGUCCGCGCCCAGCUUCCCGAGGAACCGAUAUACCGAGAUGUGGGGCCCGGCGGUCUAGUGCUGAGUGUUAUUGAAAUUGAGAAGCUUCGUUUAAAACAGGAGGAAGAGUUUAGAUCAAACUGCUUGCUUUUGGAGAUGAAGGCGAGAGAGGCUGUGGAAGCUUAUGAUGCCGCAUUUGAAAUGCUCAUGCAGAAAGUUCUUCAUAUGGGCAGCAGGUUAACAAGCCUAUCUGAUGAUUUCAAUGAACUUAAGAAUAAAAAGCUGAGCAAGAAGAGGUAGCAGACGAAACCUUGUUGUUGUGAUACUUUUUUUGCUAGCCUGGGGUAUUAGUGUGUUUAAGUGGCUUUAUCCUGUGAACUUCUAUGUUCUGUCCACUGCUUGCAUUUGUAUUUGUUUAAGGUUGACAAAAUAGUUAUCAGUUUCUUUUCCGUGUGCUUGAGUGCAAAAUUGCAGAAAACCAAAGGUCCAAAACUACCCAUGAUCCAUUUUGUUUUCUGGGAUGCCAAAACUUCUUACUAGUCCAAUUUGCAAAUUGUAUUGUUUUGUGUUAUUUUUUGGCUAAAUUGUGCUUUUAGCUUGUGAACUUCUAAAGUCUGUCCACUGGUUGUAUUUGUAUUUUAAUUUUUCAGAUGCAUUUUAACUUUGUUGCUUGAAUUUAUGAUGAAGGAAACCCAAGAUUUUCUUGGGAUCCAUAUAUUUCCUAGGGGAAAAAUGAAAAAUAUGUUUUGGGUUUUCCUGCACAUUCACUUGAAAAAAUAUUCAUGCUUUUCUCAGUUCUAUGACUUGUCAUGCUUUAGUACAGGGGUAAGGCUGUUUACAUCUGACCCCCCCUACCCCACCGUAGGUGGGAGCCUUUGCGGCACUGGGGUAAUGAUGAUGAUGACCUUUUGUCUUGUGGAAACCGGAAAUUGAUUUCCUGAACAACUUAGGGUCAAGCAUUGUAUCAUUAUUAGAUUCAAACUUAGAAAAAAUGGUAUUAAUGGACAUAUCGAUACUUUGAAUAUGAAAAUAUGUACGGAGUAUGUAUUUUAAAAUUGAUAUGGGAUAAUUAUCUUUUUUGGGGGUGGGAGGUAGUAGAUGGGCGGACUGACAAUUUACAAGUUAUUUUCAGAAUAGGUAAUAUACUUUUUUGUAUGAAUUGUAGUGUUAGCUAAUUGAAGACAAUCAAUGGACUAAAUUUCAUGCCAUCAACCCUUAUAUAGUUAGGGUAAAGAUUAUGAUGACAACAGUUAGAUGUACAACUUGAAACAUUGAUAACACAGCCAUGAGCUACAGAGUGGACAGACUUCAAUAAGCAAACCAGCUCUUGAUAUUGCUAAUAGCCUACCUAAAUAUUUUGAGCUUUUCCAAAUGCUCCUUGGGCAUCACAUCUUAAGAUGUGGAGUGAUGUUGCGAUGAUGAGGUAGUACUGUGAUAGACCUUCCAGGUUAGAGACUUAUUCAAUUGGUGAGAAACCCUGAGGACUUAAGAGAAUCAUUGAUGGUAUCUGUAGUCCUGUUCUUUUUGGAUUAUUUGGAUUCAUUCCUAUUUGAGUAUAGAAUAUAGGACAUUAACAUACAGUCUUAAAGAUUUGGUGAGUAUAGGAUAGGUAUUAACAUACUGCUUUAAAGAUUUGGUGAAAUAGUAGGUAUUUACCAAUGUCUUAUAUAACAACAAGCCUACAGCUCCUAGUUAAGAAGCACAUUUUUCCUGUCAUAGCUUUGGUUUGUUGAAGCUCCCUGCUACUACCACAGAAAUUCUCUUUAAAAACAGAACUUGGAUGCUUCAGUGCAACUGCUUUCUAUGGCUUACCAUGUCAAUAUGCAAAGUAGCUAUUCAGCUUCAUCCGAUUUAUUUAUUUUGCAUAAAAGAUAUGGUAGUUCUUGUUUUUUGUAUAAAAAAGGAUUUCCAUCCUUGACUUCUCUGAUAUCAUGGCAUAGUUUUAAAUAUUUUAACCAUUGAUGUUAAUUAUUCAUUUAUUUUGUGUUAAUGGUUAUGAAUCUAGUACUUUUUGAAUGGCUGAAAACAAUAUAUAACAGAUCUCUUCAGUUGAAUCAGCCUUUUUUGGGCGUCGCAGCAAAGAGAGAUGAUGCUUCCCACAGAGAAAAUUGACAUUUUUAUUAGAUGGCGUGGAUAUGUUUGAUUCAUGCCUUUAUUCAACCGGGUGUGAUGUAGGGAGCUGGGAGGACAAUACAGGAUUACAGUGUGUACCUGAGAAGCAGUUUAUACUUCAUUGUGGAAAUUAUUUCUGAAACUUUGUUUUGGAUGGAUAGGACCUCUGUCGAUUCAUAUGAGCCGACCCCAAAAUAUCUUGGGACUAAGACUUGAGUGUUGUUGUAGACUUGUAGGCUCUCCCGCGAACAAACUGUGUUCAUUAGCGAGAAUGAAGUAUAUGAGAAAGGUGGAGUGUGUAUAAAUCGACCAAGUAUGUAGGUCUGGUUCACAUCUAAUUAACCAAUUAAAUUGGUUCACCCGAAGAAAUGAAUAGGGUCCCUAAAUA